AUGGCUGCUCGAAAACGUCCCUUGAGUGGCGUUGCCGCACAAGAUGCACCAGCGCCGAAGAUGGCCAAGGCAGACACCAACAACAGCUGGCGAGAUUUGUACGAGCUCGAGGUCAAAGCUCCCUCGUUGGAUGAGGCUACCCAAGAUGAUUGGAAGACGCUGGCCUCAGCGCAUCUCAAGAUACAUACCGUCAUCAACGGCAAUCCAACGCCGCAGUUGACGGACCAGCAACGAAUAAUCUACGGCAACGUCAACGACCACCACAUACCGGAGACGGGCAAUCUUGACUGUAUAGGAUCGUGCUCCGGUGUACUGAUUAAACGUGAUAAUAUAAGAUACAUAUUCCGCUCUACUAUCGGUGAGGCGGGUGAAGAAGCUUUGGUCAUGGGAUUCGGCCAGUUUGAUGAUUGCGGGCGACUCAAGCCUGUCUUCAAAAGGGGUUCUGUUCGAUCCGCUCGUAUGCCCAACAUCGUCUUCAGGGCACUACUAGAAGCAUUUGAUGCCGCUGAAAACGAUGCUGCUCGGUUGGAGUUGACUCAGGCGGCUCUCGAUUCCUAUGGGCCGGAGGAAGACAUCUGGAUUUCGGCUGACAGAAAAGGCAAUACAUUGUUGCAUUACGCAGCGAUUUCUGGAGACCUCACAUGCGUUAAAUGGAUCAUGGAGAAAUGUCCACGCUUGGUCACAGCUCGGAAUCACCAGAGGAAUACGCCACUCGAUGAGUUCCAAACACAUCUCGAAGUCAUCCGCACUCAGCAGAAGUGGGGGACGAAAACUGUCGCGGUUUCAGACAAGUUUACAGGCUACUCGCAGCCACAUGUGGAAAUGCUCUGUACUUUGCAAGGAUUGAGCAAUCUAUCACUGGAAGAGUUGUUACGGCUCAAGUACGGCUGCACGUGCGGACAGUGUCAAGAGGGCUUCCUCAGCCCGCGGAUGCGUUUUACGCUUGCCCAGACCGCGGAUGAUGCCGCGGCCAUGGUCAGUGAUGAGUGCACCUGGAUCGAUGGGAAAUUGUUUUUGAAAAAGUACGAGCGCUAUCUAAUGUACCUGCGACCCAGGGUGUACGACGAGAUGCGCACAAGCUCGGAUGUAAGACUAGGAUUCCUCAGUUUGUUCAGUCACUUUGCCCUGUGUCUGCGGGACAGCACGGAGCCUCCUCACGAGCUCAAAGUCCUCGAGAUGGUCAUAUCAACGAAGGAGGAGGAAGAGUCAACCAUGGCCAAGCAUUAUCUCGACUUUGGUGGCACGGUCGAGGCUGUGGGCUCUGCCCUCUUCAGGGACGCCUUGACUAAUUCUACCGGGAUUGCAAGUAUCUGGGGUAUCUUUGAAAGUCGAUUAAGAGCAGUACCAGCUUGCCGCAAUGAUGAAGAAUUUGGAUUCGUGAGCGGCAUGUGUGGUUACGAGCGUGUCCGCCGGGGCCAGUGCUUGUCAGCAACUGGGCAUUUCCUGGGUGAAUACGAUUUCUAA